UGCACUUCCCAGCACUUGCGCCUAGCUUUGUUUUUGUGUGUCAUUGUAAAUUAAAUUUCAAUAUCAGGCUUUAUUUUUAUUGGACAACCUCAAAGAAACACCAUGAGUGAAGUGCAGACCCUUAUGGACAUGGGCUUCCCCCGAGAACGUGUGGAAUAUGCACUGCAGGUGACCAGCAACAAGGGAGUGGAACCCGCCAUGGAAUGGCUUUUGGCCCACGUAGAUGACCCGAUACCUUCCCGUCAGAAUGCCGGGAAUUCCCCUGUUUCCGGAGUUCCCGCAACCGGUUCCGGUGAGGACCCCUCGGCCGCAGCAGCUUCCAGCAGCACAAGUGGUGCCGAUGAAACCUCCUCAGAUGCCCCGGUGGCAAAAUCCCUGAAAUGCGAUGACUGCGGCAAGGUACUCAAGGAUCACACAGAAGUGGAGUACCAUGCGGCCAAAACCGGGCACAGCAACUUCUCCGAAUCUACAGAGGAGAAGAAGGCACUCACCGAGGAGGAGAAAAAGGCCCAAUUGGCUCUCAUCGAGGAAAAGCUCAAGCAGAAGCGCAUAGAACGCGAGGAGCGCGAGAAAACCGAAGCACUGCAGCGCGAAAAGAAUCGUAUAAAAUCUGGAAAGGACAUGACAGAGGCCAAGCGGCGCAUGGAGGAGCUCGAGAUGAAGAAGAUCGUGGAGCAGCGCAAGCGUGAAAAAGACGAGGAGAAGGCGGCCCGCGAUCGGGUGAGGGCACAAAUCGAGGCGGACAAGGCGGCACGCAAGGCCAGAGAACAAAAGGAAUUGGGUAACAAGGAGCCAACACCGUCCGUGAGCUCCACCACUGUUUCGUCGCCACCAGCAGCUGUAAAAUCUCCACCUCGAGACUACACCGAAACUCGCAUACAGGUGCGCCUGCAGGAUGGUUCCACCUUGCAGGAGACCUUCAACGUCAAGGAACAACUGUCUGCCGUACGCGUGUUUAUUCAGAUGAAAACCGGCAUCGAGUCACCCUUCUCCCUGAUGACCACCUUUCCGCGUAAACUGUUCGCCGAAGAGGAUUAUGAGAAGCCGCUGGAGGUUCUCGGCUUGGUUCCAUCCGCCGUCAUUACCAUGACCAAAACGACCGCAUAAAUGGGCAAGCAGGGAACCUUCCCCAAAACUAAAAAAAAAGGUCUAGAAUCUAAAACAAACGAAACGCGGCGCGAUAUUCCCAAAAAAAAAAUCAUUUAAUGUACGGUUUUAUAUAUGUAUUAAAAAAGAAUAACUAAAUUA